GGCUCAUUAUUGCAUACAUAGCAUUCUGGGAUACAGCAAGCUACGCCUGGAAGUUUUCUGUUCUUCAGAGAGUUUAAAAAUAUGUCUGGAAAUUUGGAGCUUGUGCAAACGCUAAAAGGUCAUGAAGAUAGGAUCUGGUCAGUGUGCUGGAACCCUUCUGGGACAGUCCUAGCAAGCUGCGGAGGAGAUAAAACUAUUCGUCUUUGGGGUAAAGAAGGAGACCAGUGGGUAUGCAAAACAAUUCUUGAAGAUGGACAUCAGAGGACAAUCAGAUCAGUUGAUUGGUCUCCAAGUGGUAUGUACCUUGCUUCUGCCAGCUUUGAUGCAACUGUCUGCAUUUGGGACAAAAACAGUGGAGAGUUUGAAUGUAAUGCUACUCUUGAAGGACAUGAGAAUGAGGUCAAGUCAGUUGUGUGGAGUUCUUCAGGAUCAUUAAUUGCGACUUGUGGAAGAGAUAAGAGUGUUUGGAUAUGGGAAGUUCAAGAGGAUGAUGAAUAUGAAUGUGCCAGUGUUCUUCACAGUCAUUCACAGGAUGUCAAAAGAGUUACAUGGCAUCCACACAAGGAGAUAUUAGCAUCCUGUAGCUAUGAUGAUACAAUUAAACUGUACAAAGAAGAUGAUGAUGAUUGGUCUUGUUUUGAUACUUUAGAAGGUCAUGAGGCCACAGUUUGGGCACUUAGUUUUGAUAAAACUGGAGACAGGCUGAUCUCAUGUAGCGACGAUAAAACAUUAAGAAUAUGGCAGUGUUAUGAACCUGGCAACCAAGAAGGUGUGACCACCAAUGGAAGUGACCCAAAGUGGAAGACUGUUUGUGUGUUGACAGGUUAUCACAACCGAACCAUUUACGAUGUUCACUGGUCACCUGUCACUGAUGCCAUAGCAACAGCUGCUGGAGAUGACUGUAUACGAAUAUUUGAACAGGAUGUCUCUGUCGGUGACAAAAAUCAACCAACAUUCCACCAAGUGGCCAUUCAAACAAAGGCACAUGGCCAAGAUGUCAACGGUGUUAAAUGGCACCCUAAGGAACCAGGCCUCCUAGCUUCAUGCUCUGAUGAUGGCACGAUUAAAAUUUGGAAAUUCACACAACACUAACAAAACCCACUCUAGCUCCCUAUCCUCAUUGUUUACUAUACUGUACACAUGUGCAAGGUUGGUGCUGCAUCAAGCAAAAAAAAUCCAGUGACUCUUUUCUAAGACAGCUUACAUUACUGGAGCUGGUGAUGUAGUGAAAAGCAUUCUCCCAGAGUGAAGUUCUUUGUGAGGAAAAGAGACAUCAAUCAGUAACAUUUUGGAUCAAGUUUGAAUGUGAGAAUGCUCUUUUGAUGGAUUUUAGGAUAACAGGCAAAAUGAAAUUGAUGUGAAUUGUAGCAGAAUUGUAAUUUAAACAAACACCUCAUAAAGUUGUCAAAAUACAACUGUGCUAAAAACAGUUUCAGUUUUAAUGGAAUAAAGGUAAUUCUUGACUUUCAAAAUA